AUGUCGUGGUUGCUUCAGAAGAUCGUUCACAAUGAGGCGAUGAAGACGGAUCCUAAGGAGGUUUAUGGUUGGAGAGUGUACGCACUGGCGUGUUCUGCGUGCUUUGGUGGCAUGCUCUUCGGGAUGGACUCUGGUAUCAUUGGCGGAGUCCUCACAAUGACACCUUUUGAAGAUAAGUAUGGCUUGUCGGGCCUGAACAAAACUGAACAGGCGAACCUAUCCGCCAAUAUUGUGUCAACCCUGCAAGCAGGUUGCUUCUUCGGAGCCCUGCUAGCAUCACCAGCGGCUGAUCGAUAUGGAAGACGGUAUGCGCUGAUUGGGGCUGCUUUGCUUGGUAUUAUCGGUGUCGUCAUGCAAACUGCAGCGAGUGGUCACCUGGAAGCGAUGUAUAUCGGUCGUCUAAUUACUGGUUUCGGUGUGGGAUCCGCAUCAAUGAUCAAUCCUCUCUAUGUCUCGGAAAAUGCGCCACGCGCGAUUCGGGGUGGUCUGACCGGCCUAUACCAACUCUUUAUCACCAUGGGAAUCAUGCUGGCUUUCUGGAUCAAUUACGGCAGUCUCUUGCACCUGACGGGGUCUACGAUGUAUCUCGUACCGUUAGCUAUGCAAGGACUUCCUGCUGUGCUUCUACUUGGAGGAAUGCUUAUGUGCAAUGAGUCGCCCCGCUGGUUGGCCAAGCAGGAUCGAUGGGAAGAAGCGCGCGCCACUCUUUCCAAAGUCCGAGCACUCCCUGCGGACCACCCGUAUGUGGAAGAAGAGUUCCAAGGCAUCGCUCAGCAAUUGGAACAAGAGCGACUUCUCAUUGGAGGUUCAAGCUUUCUGGACCUGAUGAAAGAAAUGUGGCUUGUUCCCGGUAACCGCAAACGAGCCAUCAUAUCUGUGCUCUUAAUGAUAUGCCAGCAAAUGACCGGUACCAAUGCAAUCAAUUACUACAGUCCUCAGAUCUUCAAAAAUCUAGGUGUUGAGGGCAAAGCAACCAAUCUCUUUGCAACCGGCGUUUACGGAAUCGUCAAGAUGGUCAGCUGUGGUGUCUUCCUUGUAUUUGUCGCCGAUUCCCUCGGACGUCGCCGCUCCCUCCUGUGGACAUCUAUAGCCCAAGGCCUAGCGAUGAUGUACAUCGGCUUAUACGUGCGUAUCGCACCUCCAGUUGAAGGAAGUCCAGUCAUCCCAGCUGGCUACUUUGCCCUCGUCUGCAUCUUCUUAUUCGCGGCGUUCUUCCAAUUCGGCUGGGGUCCCGUUUGCUGGAUUUACAUAUCCGAAAUACCAAGUGCCAGACUUCGAUCGCUCAAUGUGGCCAUCGGAGCUGCAACCCAGUGGCUGUUCAACUUUGUGGUGGCUCGCGCUGUGCCGGUGAUGCUGACUACAGUCGGUGCUAAUGGAUAUGGAACGUACAUCAUCUUCUCGUGCUUUUGCUUCUCGAUGUUUGUAUUUGUCUGGUUCUUUAUCCCAGAGACGAAAGGAUUAUCACUUGAAAAGAUGGACGAUUUGUUCGGUGUCACCAAUCUAGCUCAACAAGAGAUUGACGAUGCGGAGCAGAGCGUCAUCGCCAAAAAUUCCAGCAAACCCGCAGUCAACCGUGCGCAGCACGUCGAAAGCCAUCGCGCAUGA